AUGCGCGCUUUCGUUAUUUUCGCAUUACUCGGCCUCAUUGUCGCUGUGAUAGCCGCACCAGCCGAAGAAUCAGCAGCAGUUGCCGCAUCAGCUGCAGACGAGUCAAACAUUAAGAGUGCCGAGGCUGGUGGGGCUAGUGAAGAUGAUGAAGACGAUGAUUAUUCCUACGAGGAUGAUGAUGAUGAAGGAAGCUAUGAGGACGGCGAGAAAUCGGGCGAGGAAUCUAGUGAAGAGGAAGGCGACAAUUCCAGUGAAGAGUCCGGCGAAGAGUCUAGCGAAGAGUCCGGUGAAGACAGCGGUAGUGAGCAAAGUGCUGAAGAAUCUACAGAAGAACCAGAAGAGGAGGAUUCUAGUGAGGAAAGUGUAGAAGCGGUCUAA